AUGGCGAUGAAGCACACAAUCAGUCUCCUCCUCACACUGGCGCUGGCUAUCUUCUUCUUUGGAGCCAGAGUAUCAGCCACAAUAUUCACCCUCGAGAACCGUUGCAGCUACACAAUUUGGCCCGGCACAUUAUCAGGAAGCAAUGGCGUUGUCCUCGGCGGUGGCGGCUUCACUCUGGUCCCCGGCACAUCAACCCAAUUUCCGGCCCCACCAGCUUGGUCGGGUCGGUUUUGGGCUCGAACAGGUUGCAGCUUUGACGCAUCGGGCAACGGAACAUGCACUACCGGUGACUGCGGUGGCAAGCUCCAGUGCACUGGAGGCGGCAUGCCACCUGUCACUCUGGCGGAAUUCACCGUCGGUGGCGGUACCAACACCAUGGAUUUCUAUGACGUGAGCCUCGUGGACGGGUACAAUGUGGGAAUGGGAAUACGGACCUCGGGCGGCAACGGGGACUGCAAGUAUGCCGGCUGCAUCACCGACGUAAACAGAAGCUGUCCGCGGGAGCUGCAGGUGACCAGCGCUGGAUCCGUGGUGGCAUGCAAGAGUGCAUGUGCGGCUUUUAGCACGCCAGAAUAUUGUUGUACGGGCGAUCACUCUGUGCCAGAAACUUGUUUGCCCACGCACUACUCACAAAUGUUCAAGGAGGCUUGCCCAACAGCAUAUAGUUACGCUUACGAUGAUGCAUCGAGUACUUUUACUUGUACUGGGGCGGAUUAUUUGAUCACAUUUUGUCCAACGGCAUGA